AAAAAAAAAUCUAAAUCUGAGAAGUCAAUUUUAAGUAAAGGGAACUAGUUGAUCUAGUCCGGUGAUUGAAUAUCCAAAGCUGUAAUGUAGAAAUAACACAGUCAGACACAACUUCAACACAGCAUAAAUCUCAUAUGGGAACUAGAUAUUAAAUCAGGGCCCGUGUGCGCGCAAUCGUGCGCGCGCUUGUUGUGCGCGUUCUCGAGCGCGUUCUCGCGCUCCUCCUCCUCCUCCUCCUCCGUUGAGUCCCCUCACUCACUCACUCACUCUACAGUAUCAUUAGGCUGUCCGCUCCGCUCCGGCCGCUGGGGGAACACCGCACAGGACAGACAGCGAGAGAGAGAGAGAGAGAGAGGGAGAGAGAGAGCGAGAGAAAACCCAAACAUCUUUCUAGAAAGUCUAACUUAUCAGAAAGCCACGCGAGAAGGCCAGGAGGAAACCUGGCUCUCAGCGGAGUGCACAUGAGCGCGUGAAGCCGGCUGUUAUUUUUGUGCGCGCGGUGUUUGUGUGGUGCGACUCCCGAAAAUGCAGCGGCUCUGAAACAAAGGGACUCCGAGCGGCGUUCUCUGUUCACUGGAAACACAAGUGGCUGCGAGGCUGAGGGCCUCUCUGGAUGGAAAGAUGGAAGCAGAGGGACAGUGGUGGAAAAGCCAGCUUGCCUCAGAUAUCCAUCAGGCUCUGCGAAUUAAGGAGCUGAAGUUACCUACAUACCAUGCUCAUUCGCCGCAGAUUGGAAUGAGGCGCUACUUUGCCGACCUGCUCGCCGUCCUCAGUAAUCGCUACCAGUUGUGCCCAACGGCACGCCACCUGGCUGUCUACCUGCUCGACCUCUUCAUGGACCAUUAUGACGUAGCCGUUAGACAACUUUACGUCAUCGCCCUUUCCUGCCUUCUCCUAGCCAGUAAAUUUGAGGAGAAGGAGGAUCGUGUGCCUAAGCUGGAGCAGUUGAACACGCUGGGCUUCAUGUGCAGCCUCAACCUGGCCCUGAAUAAGCGUGACCUCAUCAAAAUGGAAUUGCUGCUGCUGGAGACCUUCGGCUGGAACCUGUGCAUGCCCACGCCAGCUCACUUCAUCGACUACUACCUCCACGCCGCCGUGCAGGAGGGUGACCUGCACAACGGCUGGCCACUGACCUCACUGUCCAAGACCAAAGCCUUCAUGGACAAAUACACUCACUACUUCCUGGAGAUUUCCCUGCAAGAUCACGCCUUUUUGAGCUUCAGACCCUCACAGGUGGCAGCCGCCUGCAUCGCAGCCUCUCGCAUUUGCCUGCAGAUUUCCCCGAGCUGGACCACCGUGCUCCACCUGCUCACGGGGUAUUCCUGGGACCACCUGACCCAGUGCAUCCAGCUCAUGCUGCUUGCGCACGAUAAUGACGUGAAAGAAGCCAACAAGUCCAAGUCGUCACCCUCGUCCAGUCAGAGUGCACAGCCUCAGGCUCACGCCUCGCCCGGCCCUGCUCCCUCGGCCCUGCAAAGACACCCUGUAUCCACCUCACAGCAACUACUGCUCCAGACUGGCAGCUACCCGCCGCUCUCGCAGCACUCCCCUGCUCUGGCGCAACUGCACAUGCUGGCCGAGUGCCAGGCCAUGGGUGCAGUGAGCACGCGGGAAUACCUCCAACCACACCAGGCUAGCCUGCUCUCUUCCUCCAUCCCGACUACAUCGUUCCCAUCUUUCCCCAGUCUGGCGUCAGGGCUGUGCGGCUUGCCCUUACAGGGACCCCUCUCCAUGCAGGUGGGCAUGGCGGCGGAGCCACGACCCUGCGUGGGCCUGGCUUAUGCUAACAGCUACCUGGGCUCACACCAUGGCUUCACAGCCGGAUGUUUUGACAGGUGACGCCAGGAGAGGGAGGGCAGAUCGAACUCAGGGCGCCCACUGUCCUCCACCCUCCUCUCGGCCUCCCCGGCGCCAUCCACCCUCAGCCAGAGGCACAGACUUUCUAAACAGAAGGCCCACAGUCGAACAGAUCCAUCAAAGGUCAUAGUAUUAAGUUGAAACAAGCUCAAAUGUGGACCUUCUGCUUUCUUCUUCCUUUUAAACACCUAGGUGCCUGUUGCUCUGCCCGUUUUGAGAAAAGAUCUCAAAGACUACAGCAUGCUCAUGUACAUACUCGGGCUAGUUCAUUCUGAGAACAUGACUGGAGGAUAAUAGAAUGCCAGCGCUGCAAGAUAUGAUUAUCAGACACUUAGAAACGUCCCAUAGGAGCAUUUUAGUUCCAUACAAAGCCUUAAGAAGGGAAACGGUGGAGAUCAGGUUCCCAAACUGCUGUUUUUUUUUUUUUUCCUUCUUCUUUCUUGCUUUCUUUCUUUCUCUCUCUCUCUCUCUCUCUUUUUUUUUCCUUUUCUUUUUUUUUUUUUUUUCUUUUUUUUUUUACAUAAGGCGUCCUUGAAAUUUCACACUGGAAUUACUGUGUCGUCCUUGAUGCUGCUGCCUUAAAAGUCAGACGCUGGCUUUAUGACCAAGAAACCUGUCUCCCUUUUUGGUAUCGUUUACAGUGACUAAAUAAAACACAUUCAGGGAUGCGCAGAUUACUUGAAAGAAAAAAAUGCCAUUGAAAAAUACCAGCUGAUGUUUGUAUGAAGUGGUUAAUUUGUAAAUGUGUGUGUAUUUGAUCUGCUUUAAAGGGGUGAGCAUGUCUGUAAGGAAGGUUACUUUCAGCUUUUGGCUUAGAGCCCCAUCCCUCUGGUCUUCCUGCAGGCAGAUGGAGGGGAAACCCCAGGGGAAUGAGGCAUCUGUCCUGUCGCCUCUGUAGCUCACGCUGGAGGAAGCUGAGCUUUACAAGCUGCUUACCCGGGCAGGGGAGGAGAGGGGGGACUCCUUGAUUCAUCCAUGUUAAGCUCACUACCAUAGAAAGAUGACUUCAUUGUCUUUUACCUCAUCCUUUUAGUCGCUGUGGUGCAUGUAAAUUACCUCACACUACUGCUGUGCUGAAUGACAGUCAUUCAUUCUUCAGUCACAUGCUAGGGAACUGUGGACACAUUUGUCAUAUUUGGUAGAUUAGAUAAUAUUAUACAGUUACAUAAUCAACUAUACUACUGAUCCGUCAGUUAUGGGCAAUCUUGUUACGCACACAUGGGUGAGCUUGACGACACUGUGAUGGGUAAAGACAACAGAAAUGAUGUGUUUUCUCCAAUUUCAUGAAUUUUUGUCAUUCCAAACUGUUUACAUUGUUGUGAAAAUCCAAGCGAAGCUGAAUAUUCAUGAAGCAGACACGUUUUCACAGAACACUAAAGAUUAGAAUAGCGCUAACUCCAUUUCUCCGAGUCCAUUUCUCUCAGGUUGAGUUGGGUUAUACAGGGAUGUCGACUGCACAAUGAAGUCAACCAGCAGCAAGACCAAAGUGUCUGCUUUAUGUCCUGCUAAAUUAUAAGCUUUUAAACCACUUUACAGGACUUUGGAUCCAAAUCAUCCUCUGAUAGUCCUGAAUCUUGAACUACCUCAAUGUUAUGCUAUUGUUUUUACGCUGAUUUUGCAGGACUUCCAUUUUAUUUGAUUAUCUUCUUUCUGACUGGUCAUGAGCUUCGGGAUUAGUUUUUAUCCACAGAACAUUUUAUUCCUUUUUUCUGUUGAAGUCUCUUUACGUAGGUAGAUGAAUUGUGUUCACUGUAACAGAUAUAGGCACUGUUUUGUAUUUCAGUUCAUUGUAUUUCAGUGAAGCCUCUGUGUGUGCAAUACGUAACCAUUAAUUUCAUCUGUUACUGUAGAUCUGUUCUGUUACGUUUUUUUUAUUUUACCACUGCAUUAUUUUGUUUAUUAUUUUAGCCUUAGUGUGUUUUUAUAA